AUGAAAGGCCCCUACCUUGAAGCUUAUAAUUGGUUGGCAAGUAUUCCACCCAUUCACUGGAGCAGGUCUCAUUUUACAGGUAGGGCACAAUCUGAUGUGGUGCUGAACAACAUGUGUGAAGUCUUGAAUGCAAGGACAGUCAAUGGUCGAGACAAGCCUAUAAUUUCUGCUUUGGAGUUUGUCAGAGAGUAUCUAAUGCAGAGGAUAGUGAAUGUCAUCAGGAAGAUUCGGCAGACAAAUGGUCCACUUACUCCUAGAGUUGCAAAGAUCUUUGAAAACACAAAGAAAUUAGCUGCAAAUUAUAAUGUUAGGUGGAGUGGUGGGACAAAGUAUCAAGUCAGUGGUAAGGUCACAGUGGAUGGUGCUGCAACACAUAAACAGUAUGUUGUGGAUGUUGUGGAUAGGGUUUGCACUUGUAGAGAAUGGGAAGUUUCAGGAAUCCCUUGUAGGCAUGUUGUGGCUGUCAAUUGGGACAUGGCAAUGAAUGGCCAAGAGGUUGGACCCCCAGAAUCAUGGGUUAAUGAAUGUUAUUAUCUUGAAACAUGGAAGAGGGUUUACAGUCAUACCAUUGGUCCCAUUAAUGGUAGAGAAUUAUGGCCAAAAUCACAGGUUCCAACCAACCUAACCCCACCUCUGCACCACACACCUAUCGGCAGACCUAAGAAGAAAAGAAGGAAGGAUGCUGUGGAGUUGCAGGAUGAAGUUGAAAGGGCUUCACAAGCAAGAAACAAGAGAAACAGGGCUGCUGAAGCUGAUAACGAGCAGGCUGUGGUUGGUGGCAAAUUCACAAGAAAAUGGAAGUCCGUGAAGUGCCAGAAGUGUGGUGAAAAGGGCCACAACCAAAGAACUUGUGGAAGGACCAAAACAGUUGCCGGGCCGAAGAAAGGGAAGAAAGGUAAGAAGAAGAAAGAUGGUAAUCAACCUACUGAGGCUGGUGAGGGAGCUCCAACUGUUUAAGGGUUAUGGUUCUUCGGGUUGUCGGGUUAUGGUUUUUGGGUUGUCUUAAGGGUUAUGGUUCUUUUGGGUUGUCUUAAAACAGUUAUGCAGU